UUGAUCAUAAUUAUUAUCUAAUUUUUCUCUGUUGUGUCACAGUGUCAGCGUUUCGCCUUAUUAUCACAGAUUCUUCUGGGGAAAAAAUAUGAGGAGGCUGCUUUAACCUCCCGAAUCCCUUUUCUGACCCUUUCCCUUUCUUCCUGCAGAUGGGCACAUAAAAAUAGUGGGAAACAGGACAGACUUGCUGAAUUCCGGAAUCGAGAAGCAUUUCUAAACCAAAAUUCAUAAAAUACACCUGAGAGUAAAAGGACAGAACGACAGUACCCGUUACUUUUCUGAGCAUUGGAACGUUGGAGCUCUGGUGAGUUGAGCAAUAAGUAGAAGAAAGAAGAAAGAAGCGAACUUGCCGGUCUUCUUGCCAGAGAAGCGAGAGGAGAGAAGAGAAGAGACGGAAGUAAUGGCAAGAGGGUCCAGACUCAUCUUUGCGGCUUUCCUUUUGCUAAUACUUCUAGAUUGUUGCUCCGGGAGUUUUGUUGGGGUUUGCUAUGGAAGAAAUGCUGAUGAUCUCCCUACACCCGAUAAGGUGGCUCAGCUGGUUCAACUUCAUAAAAUUAAGUAUAUCAGGAUUUAUGAUUCUAAUAUACAGGUUCUCAAGGCCUUUGCUAACACUGGCGUUGAACUAAUGGUUGGGGUUCCGAAUUCAGAUUUACUUGCACUCUCACAGUUCCAAUCAAAUGCAGACACUUGGCUGAAAAACAGUAUCCUUCCAUACUACCCGGCCACUAAGAUUACAUACAUAACUGUUGGAUUGGAAGUCACUGAAGCCCCCAACAAUGCCUCUGCAUUUGUAGUACCUGCCAUGAAAAAUGUCCUUAAUGCACUCAAGAAAGCUGGCCUGCAUAAAAAGAUUAAAGUUUCCAGCACCCAUUCCCUUGGGGUUUUGUCCCGAUCAUUCCCACCUUCUGCUGGGGCCUUUAAUAGCAGCCAUGCAUAUUUCUUGAAGCCAAUGCUGGAAUUUCUCGCUGAGAAUAAGUCACCUUUUAUGAUUGAUAUAUAUCCUUAUUAUGCUUUCCGAGAUUCCCCAAAAAAAGUAUCUUUGGAUUAUGCACUAUUUGAAUCAUCCUCAGAAGUAAUUGAUCCAAACACUGGUUUGCUGUACACAAACAUGUUUGAUGCCCAGAUUGAUGCUAUUUAUUUUGCACUGAUGGCUUUAAAUUUCAGAACAAUUAAUGUAAUGGUCACUGAAACAGGCUGGCCUUCCAAAGGUUCUCCUAAGGAGACUGCUGCCACUCCCGAUAAUGCUCAGACAUAUAAUACCAAUCUGAUAAGGCAUGUUAUCAACAACACUGGUACUCCCGCGAGGCCUGGGGAGGAGCUAGAUGUCUACAUUUUCUCGUUGUUCAAUGAAAACAGAAAACCUGGCUUGGAAUCUGAGAGGAAUUGGGGAUUAUAUUAUCCAGAUCAGACAAGUGUGUAUAAUCUGGAUUUCACUGGAAAAGGUGCCAUUGAUAUGACAACAGAGGCAAAUGUAACCCGAUCAAAUGGUACAACUUGGUGUAUUGCUUCAAGUAAGGCCUCACAAAUUGACUUGCAGAAUGCCAUAGAUUGGGCUUGUGGUCCUGGCAAUGUGGACUGUACUGCUAUCCAACCGAGCCAGCCAUGUUUUGAGCCGGACAAUUUAGUUUCUCAUGCCUCUUAUGCUUUUAAUAGCUAUUACCAGCAGAAUGGAGCUUCUGAUGUUGCUUGCAGUUUUGGUGGGACAGGUGUAAAAGUUGACAAAGAUCCAAGCUAUGACAAUUGCAUUUACAUGAGAGCUGGAAACAACAAAACAAUGGCAAGUAACACAACAGCAAUGUCUUCUACUUCAUCGUCAUCGCAGAGAGAAACAACCUCGUGGGGUUGCAGUUUUCUUCUUGUAACGAUUCUCUUCCUUGCAUGGAGUGGUGCGGGAGCCUGAGAAGCUUGAUAGUUGAAGGGGGCAGCAUGACUUUGCAUGUUCAGGCGUGAGCUGCUAUUGACUUCCAAGUGGGUUGAGAUAAUGAUUUUGGAAACAUAUUUCUGUUGGAUGCUUGAGAAAACUGUAAACUAGUACUUGUUCUCUCUGCUGUUGUGAGGAAAAAAAAUUUAACAGCUGUAGAGCAUUCUUGCUGCUAGUUUUUGUAUGCCAAGAGGUUGGGCGAAAGUAGCAAACAUGAAUGUAACAUCUCUGGUAAUUUAUUUUGUAUGUAAGGCUUUGCUUCUUCUUUUUUUUUUUUUUU